GAUCAGACAGUGCCAUGCGGUGUUCAGACUCCUCCACUAAUGUCCUGGCUUCCAGCAUCGCAGCCCCUCUCAGUUUGUCCCUCUCCCCAGCUGUCAGCCCAGAGGACUUUGAGCACCUGUGGCUGCAGCGACAGGCUUUGCAUACUGAACGCGGUGCUGAGAAAAUAGAGGAGGUUGACUGUGCGUGGAUAGAAGAAUGUGUCCGGUGUCCAGCAGUACUUCACUGUUCUCCCCAAAGCCUCCAAGCUGCCAUGCAGCUGGUCAAUAUCCAGACGCUGGCGUUCACACCACAGCAAAUGCUGCCCUGGAGGGUCUACCUGUACACACACACCCAGCGCUCCCACUCCAUGGACGCACCCAACACUACGCUCAUACUGGGGGAGCUGCUAUGUACUGGAGAAGCCAAUCAGAAAUCAGGAGUAAAAAAAGGCACAGCUGACAGUGAAGCUGGAGCAGAGGGGAAAGAAGACCAACUGGUGAGAAAGGAAAUGGAUGCAACAGCUGACAGGCUGAGGGUGAGCGAAGAUGGACAGGAAGAGGAGGAGGGAAUAAAAGUGAUUCUCAAUCAGCAACCAAAAGAUGAUGACGCUCUGAGACAGUUUCUCACAAUCCUUAUCACUGUACUGAACACACUGUCCUCAGAGAAAGAUUAAAAAUAGACUUUUCCCCUUUGAUCUACAUCUUUCCAAAUUCAUUCAUUUGUCACACCGCCUGGGCCUAACAGCAUGUUGAAGGAGUAAACACACUCAAAACUGGUCCAACUUUAUGAAGCAUUGUUAUUCUAAUUAAACAGGAAAGUACAAGCAACUGACAGUUACUACCCCCUUUUAAGAGAAAACUACCAAAAAGUUGUAAGGUAAACUCAGGGGAUUUUUUUUUUUUUUUUAAGCCCAGUUCAGGCUAUGUUUGGCCUUAUGGGGGCACUAUUGUGGAUCAGUCCCAAUGCACCAAAAGCGGCUGAUAAAUACUGUUUACCUACAAACACAUACAGUGAUGAUGUUAUCUUACCUACCCAUGGUGUGCUGCUUUAUUAUUGUAGUUUGUUUAAUGCUAGAUUGCGUUUGAUAUGAUGUUUAAAAUGUUAGUUGGCUGAUGAGAAAAUGCAAGAGAAAUAGAAAAUAAUUUAAAAAUGACUAAGAACUUAUAAA